UAAAAAUUCCCCAAUGGGAAAAUCAAAUACUGAUUCAUCAGAAAACGAAACGAAGAUGUCAUCAACCACAAGCAGCACCAACAUGAGCGAUGUCGAUCGCUUAUUCGCGUGUUUCAAGUGCGGUUUAACCCCUCCCAAAUCCGCCACGAGGGAAAGAAAACGAAGCAAAAGGGGAUUGGAGCAGGAGAGUUCAAAGCAUGAAUUUCCAUCAGAAUCUCCAGGUCCAGGACAAGUUGGAGGAGAACUGAAAACUCCCUUAUCACGCAUCAGAAAAACCAACGUUGAAUCUUCCAUUGAGAAACUUAAAUCAGCAGUAGCCAGAAAAUCUCAAAGCAUUGGUCGUGGGAAGCAGUUCUCUCCAAUUGUAUUUUAUGGAUCUCCUCAUGGCGUCCCUCCCAAAAGGCCAACUCGUAUAUUGUGGCGACUGUUACGUGAGAUAUGUCCUGAUCUCUCUCAGCAAAAGAAAUUGAACAUAAGGAGGGAAGUUUGGAUGACAUUCCCAAGGCAGGAUGAAGCAAUGAAGUUUGCCAAAGGACAAGAAGAUGUUCAUGUUUUCAGCUAUCAAGACCAUUGUAAUGGCCAAAGAAGGUUCCUUGUAUGUACAUAUAAAGAAUUCUGGCGAAGGUACAAGAAUAUGGAUCCCAAAUUUCGUCAUCAUUAUGAAGUGAUUCAAGAGGGUUUACCAUGCCACCUUUAUUUUGAUUUGGAGUUUAAUAAGAAAGUCAACAUAGGAAAGAAUGGAGAAGAAAUGGUUGAUCUCUUGAUAUCAGUAGUUCUAGAAGCCUUACGUGAAAAAUAUGCAAUCCAUGGAGACCACAAUUGGGUAGUAGAACUUGAUUCUUCAACUGAAGAUAAGUUCUCUCGCCAUAUAAUAGUUCGCAUACCAAAGGUUGCAUUUAAGGACAACUCUCAUGCAGGUGCAUUUGUUUCAGAAAUAUGCUCAAGAAUUCUAAAUGCAAGGGGAGAAGAUAAAAGUUUCGAAAAAUUGCUUGUAAUGAAAGAUUCUAGCAGCAAUGAAUCUGCAGGCCAACUUUUUGUGGAUACUGCUGUAUAUUCCCGGAAUCGUUGUUUCCGUCUUCUUCUUUCUUCAAAAGCAGGAAAAAGUUCAGUUCUUCUACCAACAAAGCGUUUUAAGUGCAAGGACUUGUCACAGGGUGAAGAAGACAUGUUCAUGGCUUCCUUGAUCUGCAAUAUGGAUGUCGAUUGCAAAACGUUUCUGGUCUGCAAAACAGACUUAGAUUGCGUAAAAACUCUGCAUUUUGAUACAGAGGAAAAUAGUAAUGUUGGAAAUUCUUGCCAUAUUCCUUCGGAAUUUACAUUGGAUACUAGAAAAAGUGAAGUUUCAACUACAUAUUUCAUGGGAAAGUCACCAUUCCCAUUUCUAGACAAAUUUAUACUCUCAGUUGCCUCUGUCGGGAAUAUACCAGGAAAAAUUCAAAGCUGGUAUUUUUUCUCGGAAUUUGGACUCAUGGUCUACAGUAUGACAAAAAAUAGAUACUGUGAACGAAUUGGCAGACAGCAUAAAAGCAAUAAUGUCAUAUACGUGGUUGAUCUACGAAUGGCCGUUUAUUAUCAGAAAUGUCAUGAUCCAGAAUGCAGAGGUUACCGAUCUCCCAUGCGACAAAUCCCAGUUCAUGUGUUCUCCAAUCCUUCAGAUGUAAUUGAUUCCUUUGGGUUGUUAGACGAUGAACAGCCAGUUGAUGAUAAAUGGAGACAUCAACUUGAUGAUAACAAGGAACAAAGUUCUCUACAAUACGAAGACAUUGUUGCGGACAAUUCCAACGAUUCUUGGUGGUUAGAAGCCAUAAGAGUUGUUGAGGAUAUGGAGAAUAAGCAAACACAGACAGAGCUAAGCACUAUGCAGGAAGUAAUUGAUGAUGAAGAUGAGGAGUGGUGGCUGGCUGCAGAAAAAACUGCAUCCCAGGCUGAACUAAACUGCUUCAGUCAACAAGAAUUUUGUGCCACGUAAGUCCUUUUGGGAUAUUUACAAAGAAUUUUCUACUUGUGAGAUCAACAAUUAGCUUCAGGACUUGAUAGCUAAAAAUCCAGAGAAAUCACAUGUUGCAUAUAUUAGCCGCAAACAACAUAGGGAGCCUGUGAAUUGAUCUUGCUCUUGCAGAGGAUUACCAGCUGAUUCCACAAGCGAACUGUGAGCUUCUCUGUAAGUUUUAACCAUUUGUUAUGUAUAGGUAAAUAAUCAAGUCAGUUCUUAGCCAUUUGUAUCCAUUUCUGACUUUCUUGUCCGUAGUUGAACAAAAUGAGUGAACAUGUAGGUUUAUUAUUUCCUUUUUUAGUCUUUUCUAUUAACUUCAUUCCAUAGCAAUUUUGUUAAAGCCAUUCCCGUAUUAGAGAAUUAGUUUUAAAUAUUUCCGAAUUCCGAAAGUGUAUGUUUGGGAAAUAUUGUAAAGAGGAUUUAUGAAUCGAGUUUAUAGUUA